AUGCAUUUGUGGUGCACUACUAUGCUCCCCCCAAGUCUGAUCCACUUCCGCACGCGUCCACAGAGAGGGGACCCUUCCCCGCCAGAAGCUGAGUUCAUUACCAGCGCCCCGGCGCCUAACACGCAACUGCGCUGGCCUGGGGGCAUAUGCGCGAAGCGCAGCAGAGCAAACAACACAAACAAUACAGCCAGUGGAAAUGCGGAACUUAACGACGCAGCGAUAGCCAUCCACCAGCCAUCAAACACCNCAGCAGAGCAAACAACACAAACAAUACAGCCAGUGGAAAUGCGGAACUUAACGACGCAGCGAUAG